AUGAAUGAUGAAACUUCGGAGCCGUUACCCGACGCUGGGCCCGCAGAGGAGCGGCUAAGCGUCUAUUCAGUUCCCCCGUUUUCCUAUUACGUCGCGCCCAAGGAGGGAGCUCCGCUGGAAGAGCGGUCGUCGCCUACCUCAAAGGUGCUUCAGACGCGUGCCAUCACUGGACUCGACGGCGGGGCUGGAGAGCGCCGCCCCCCUGCGCCCUCCCAAAGAUACCCGGCCAAGCAUCUUGGUCGUUCUCUUGAGCAGCAGCGAUAUUUGAGAGAGAUCAAUAGACCGUAUAUUAUUUCGUUGUGGGAUCAGGCUUGCUUGGGUUACCUCUUCCCUGGCAUGUUUGAGGGCAACAUUGAUGCCAUGGAGCUGUUCCAUAUUCUUAAGAUGGUCCUCAUGGUGGCCACUAACUCUGUGACUGUGGCGAUCAAUGUGUUUCACGGCACAACCACCUCGCUGAACUUUCUUGAUUGGGCCCGGACAAUGUCUGGGGUUGUCUUCUUCUCCGAAUUUUUGGUGGUCUACUCCUUGUUGGUCUUCCUUCUCGUCGUCAUCGUACAGGCAACGCUGUGUGGCAAUGUCGGCGCCAAGCUUGCUGGUGACAUCGCUGCUCUUUCAAAUAGGAUCUCUACCUUUUCUGCGUUCCGCGUCGUGGCGAUAGUUUCGCCGGCCUUUGCCGUCAACCGGAUCCUUCCUAUUUUCCAACGCGCCAUGUCUCUCGCGGAUUACCUCAGGGCGGUGAUCUUCCUUCUGCUUUGGCUCUGCGCGUGCGUCUUGGCGAUGGCGGCUGUCAUGCUGAAGAUGACCCAGAUUAGCUUUACGAGCACUCAGAGUAUAACGAACUGGUCUCUUGGCGAGUUCAUCCAACUCAUUGGUCUCACUAUGAAUUUGGCUCGCUUAGAUGACUCCUACACAACAGAAACUCAGGUGCUGCUGGAUGCGGUUCACCACCACUUUUGCAGCCCUGGAAUUCCAAAGGAUGGUCUCAACCGCAUGGAGUGCUUGUACACCCGCGUUUGCGACUACCUGUCCCUUCCACGCCCCACAAACUAUGCGCACUUUGACGUCAUCUUUAACUACCACUUCAAAUACAAGCAGGAGCCAGAGGAAAUGACACUCCGUAUGAAGCUCCGCAAAAUGUUGAAUUAUUUGGCUUUUGUGCUCCGAAUGGACAAUGCCGUCCUGCGCCGUUUCCUACAGAUGUCACAGUCACCGAUUCCCUUUUUUCAGAUGGGGCGCGACGCCUUUGUUCAGUCCUUCAAGGAGCAAGACGAGCUGGGCAUGCUCGUUGCAGUCUGGCGCAGCGAUCCCGCAUUGGUGCCGCUAAACAUGUUUGCGAGGGAAAAUAAAAAAGGGUUUGACAUCACUUACACCUGUGCCGAUGGCCGCGAAGUGUGGGAUGUGGGGAACUUGUCCCAUCUUCAGGCCAACUCGGAGUCCGAGAAGAAGUUCCACGAUGAUGUCGUGGAGGCUUGUCACUCCUUUUUCUGA